AUGUCCAUCGGGGGUGGCGGCGAGGUCAACCGUAAUACCUACAGCUAUGUAGGGAAGCACCUCUCUGUUUUGGGUGGAGGGAAGAACUACUACUCAAGUCAGGUUCGAGCGUUACGACUCCCGUUCGCAAGGCACAGAGGAUUGUGGAGAAGCGAAAGACUUUGUUACACAGAAUCCUUGAUGGAUAACAAGCCGUUCAGACGUCCGUACAGCGUGUCCCUCCGUGCCAUUACGAAAAAAUUGGAGGACACUUUGACGAAUGGAGGAAGUCGGAUCUUCAAGAAGUCACAGAGGCGAUUACGUUCUGAAUGUGACGAAACAUCGGAUGAGGACCAUGAGCCUCCCAGGAAUUGGAGCAGUACACUGCGUCAAAUCAAGCAAUUAAAAUCUGAGAACAAAAGGCUCAAAGAAAGCAAUUAUAAACAAAUUGUAGAAGCAAUCAGGGACCUGCCAGCUGUUGUUCAAAACUUAAGACACAUAACUGAGCAGCUUUCAUCGUUCUCAAAGUCUUCCUCUGCUGAAUCAACACCUGUGCGACUAGUGCGAUCUGAACACUUGCCUGUAUCCUCUCCUGCAUCUCCUCAAGAGGAGUCUGUUGACAUGGUGUCUCUGGUGCCAGGCUCAGACGUCAAAGUCAACAAAAUGAAGCUGAACUCUCUCCGAACUUCAAAUUCGUCAGUUUAUGUUGGAGACCUUGCUGUCCUAAUCUUUGGCAGAGAAACGCUGGCUAGCUCAAGUCUGACCGGGAGACAGUCAGCAGCACAUAAAGAUGUGGAGUCCAAGCCGCAACUGGAUGCUGCUAAAUUGGAUGCCAUUGUUGGGUACGCUCGGUCGAGGUUUCCAUCUUUGAGCGUUCAAGAUAUAAGAAAAAUAAUAAGAAAGAAGUGCAACAAUGAAAACUUCAAAAAAGGAUCAACGGCCAAGCAAGUGGAUGCUACACAGAAUUAA